CUACGAUCGUGAGAGUGCAGUAAGGAUUGUAUGAUUUUUGGCAUAGAUCGCCAGUUACGACGUUUGGGGCCAUUGUCAUUAAUAUUCAGUAUUUUCGGUUUUCUUCGAGAGCCUUAGUGUAUCGCGUUGUUGCGAUGGACUUUGUGGUAGAUGCUUGUCAAGCCCUUUUUACUACGGAUGAAGAAUUGAUUUAUUAUCAACGAAAAUACCUGCUGUUAAUAUCGAUGUAACGCUGAUUAUUCUUCGACUACUCUAUAACAAGGUUGAAUUUUAAAAAUGACAGCAGGUACAAGCCUGGUAGUACCCAUAGUGCUAUGGGGUCGUAUAGCUCCAACUCAUUGCAUUUCUUGUAUUUAUUUAUCUCGAGAUCAAAAAACUUUGGUAACAGGAUGUUACGAUGGGCAGAUAUGUUUGUGGCAAGUGGAUCCUGAAACACUAAAUAUGACACCAAGAUGUUUGCUUGUUGGCCAUACUGCUCCAAUACUGUGCCUAAGUCGAGCAAGCGUCAUUAUGGAACAGAAUUAUAUUGUCAGCAGCAGUGAAAGCGGAGAGAUGUGCACUUGGGAUUUAGUCGAUGGAAAAUGCAGAGAAGCUGUAAAACUUAGCAGUGUUCAUACACAGAUGUUGCCUUAUGUCUCAGCUGAUGCAGAAGAUGUUAGACUUUUUUGUUCUGGGUACUACCCUGAGGUUUUAGUGAUGGACCCUUUCAGCUUAGAAGUUUUGUUCACCUUAAGUUCGCGCGUGAAUCCUGAUUGGAUCAGUGCUUUGCACGUUUUGCGGCCGACCAAACGGAAAGGUCGGUUCUACGUGUAUACAAACGAUGUUGUACUGGCACUAACAACAACCGGCACGGUCAAGGUGUGGACUCUUCUCGGAUAUGAAAAUCGUCAUUGUGAACCCCUUUAUGAACAUGAAAGCAAACAGAUACGAUGUCUAAAUGCACUUGCAAUGACUUGUUGUCCAUAUAAUCUAAGGACAGUAUUAAUUGUGUGUUCCAAAGAUUGGCAGAUAUACGAUGCUGGUGAUUUCUCGGUCCUGUGUUCUAUUUCUGCGCCGCGCGGGGAACGUUGGAUGGCUGGAGACUUUCUAGCUGCAGACAGAGUCAUUUUAUGGAAUGACAAAGGUCAUGGUUAUCUCUAUAAAUUACCAGCUAAAAUUCUGGUACACCUUGACAGCAAGCUGAAGGGCAAGGCUCUCAGCAGUAGUGUAGCAGACAAUAAAAGUUUUCAUACCGCGGGUGCUGAAUACGAUCAACCUUACUUAUACUGCACUUUAACGCAACCUGGAGACAAGCCUCUGUCGUGUCCCCCAGCAAUGCGAUUAGUUACAGUUCAACGACAAAAUGAAACGUUAAAAUAUUUACUACGCGGUGACAGCGAAGGUGUUGUUGUUCUUUGGACAGUACCAGAAGUAACUACUCAACAAUUGUCUCAAAUCUGUCAGAAUGAGCACUCAAUGCCUGUUUCAUUGUCGCCGGCAGUAAAAGUAAGUCUUAUGGCUGCUUGGGCACAAAUGAAACCACCGCCGGUUGGAAUAUUAGAUCAGUUGGACAGUGGGGACGGACAUGGUAUAAAGUUAACAGCUAGUAUUUAUUUACCACAACAAAGUCGCCUAGUUGUUGGUCGUGAAGACGGCAGUAUUAUUAUUGUUCCUGCAACGCAAACAGUCAUGCUUCAGUUACUUCAUGGCCAUCACCAACAAUACGAUGAUUGGCCUCCGCACCAAGUACUUUUGGGUCACUCUGGCCGAGUGAAUUGCCUGUUGUAUCCACACGGAGCGGCACCGCGUUAUGACCGAAUACAUCUUGUUUCUGGUUCUGUUGAUUUUGCUGUAUGUUUGUGGGAUCUUUAUGCCGGUACACUAAUUCAUAGAUUCUGUGUCCAUGCUGGUGAAAUUACACAAUUGAUGGUGCCACCUGAUAAUUGCAGUCCUAGAAUACAAAAGUGUGUUUGCAGUGUUGCAUCAGAUCAUAGUGUUACUUUAUUGUCGCUAACAGAAAGGAAGUGUGUUGUUCUUGCGUCGCGACACCUGUUUCCAGUUGUCACGAUAAAGUGGAGGCCAUUAGAUGAUUUUAUGAUAGUUGGAUGUUCGGAUGGAGCUGUGUACGUAUGGCAAAUGGAAACUGGUCAUCUAGAUCGUGUAUUACAUGGUAUUAUUGCAGAGGAGGUACUUUACGCAUGUGAUGAAAACACUAUAGCUGCAGCUGGAGGAUCGGUCGCUGGUGGCGAACUGGGCUUAGCUAAUCCUGCUGUACAUUUCUUUAGAGGUUUAAGGCAUAGAAAUCUCUCUGCUAUAAGACACGCGACGCAAAGAGGGUUGCAUCAGCUGCAACAACUUCAUGGUGGACAGGGACCAGAUCACGGAAGUCAAAUAAAAGCGAAGGGCGCCCCUUUAUUAAUUCAAGGCUUCAGAAGUAAUCCUAAAGACCCAGAAAGUCAUAUUUUAUUUUUUGACAUAGAAGCAUUAAUAGUACAAUUACUUAGCGACGAGUAUGGAGCUAUGUCACCAGGUUCUUUGGAAUCACAAGGUCUGAUUUCAGCUUCGGAGUAUCAAAAAGUUGCAGCACUGACGCAGUCUGCUAGUCCAGAUGCACAUAAAAAAAUUGCAGACUUUUUCGGUCGCGUCAAGGAUAAGGCAGGCGACGUUGAACGAAUUUUAAAGGAAAAGGAUCGUCACGGUAUAUUGGCUAAAAUGAAGGAGGGAGCAGAGAACGUACACACUAAAAUUCAGGCCAAGGUGGAAAGCGUUGGCCUCAAGCCGUCGACUCUCGACGGUAAAGGGGACCACUGGAAUAACAGCGAUGCUGCAAAAAACAAUUUAAAACGGAACGGAACUUUUAACGAACCGAAUGCAACUAUGGAAGUUGCUCAGCUUAUAUUGAGUCUAUUGCAUGCCUGGGGCAUGGACCCAGAUUUAGAUCGUGUUUGCGAAGGAAAACUGGGUUUAUUAAGGCCCAUGGUUCCCGUUUCUUUUGGCGUAUUGUCGAAAGGAGGUUAUAUGUCGUUGUUAUUACCAACUUGGCAAACGCAAUUGGAACCAGCCGGCGAACCUAUAACACAAUUGGAACAACGUUUGCCAGUCGAAUUAGUUAGGCAAGAAAGACUCACCAGAGCGUUCACGGCAAGAGCACAUUGGGAGUUGUCUACCACAUUAACCAGUAAUCAUUUAUUGGCAGUAGUCGCUUUGGCGAACACGUUAAUGUCAAUGAACAAUGCAACAUUUGUACCUGAACAAGAACGAAAUCGAAAACUGCAUAGGCCGGGUAACAGAUCGGCGGUUAAUUGGAACAAAGCGGAAGAAGAAAACGAAGAGAUUUAUACAGUACAGCAAGCACAGAUUAAACAAGGUUGGUCCCUCCUGGCAACAUUGCAUUGUGUGCUUCUCCCUGAUAAAGUAGCUGUACAAGGUGGUGCAAAAACAUUCAAACGACCUUUAGUCGAAAUGAUGGCACGGCGAUGGCAACAUCAAUGUCUUGAGAUCCGCGAAGCGGCGCAAGCUUUAUUACUCGCUGAAUUGGGUAGAAUGGGUCCAAAAGGAAGGAAAGCAUUAGUAGAUAGUUGGUCGCAAUAUCUACCGAUGUACAGCGUUCAAGAGCCUAUUGCACCACAAGUACAAAACCAAAGUCCUCCAGCGUCCAAUAGUCCAAUUCCACCAACCGAAUCACAUCCGGAAGAAGAAGAUGAAGAGGAGGAAUUAGUGGAAGCCAGGAAACCAUCGAGCGUAGCGGAAUUGAAACAGAAACAAACGACAGCAGUCGUAUUAUUAGGCGUGAUAGGAGCCGAAUUUGGGCAAGACGUUACUACGAUGAAUCAAAAAAGGGAUAAUGAACAGAGACGAAAGAGUUCGAUUGUAGAAGGUUUUGGAAUAGGAAAUAAUAAUGUUGCCAGGCAUACUAGUAUGGCGCUUACACAUCUACUACAUGCGCCACACUCUCCAAAAUUGCCUUUACACACAGCAUUACGAAGAGCGGCAAUUGAUCUCAUUGGUAGAGGUUUCACCGUUUGGGAACCCUAUCUCGACGUAUCAAAAGUAUUAUUGAGACUACUGGAAAUGUGUUGUGAUGCUGAUAAAUUAGUACCAAGCAUGACGUACGGCCUUCCACUUACGCCUCAAGCCGACACAUGUCGUACAGCUCGUCAUGCAUUAACUUUGAUAGCAACUGUCAGACCCGCGGCAUUCAUUACUACAAUGGCACGAGAGGUGGCCAGAUUCAACACACUGCAACAAAACGCGCAAACACUAAAUGUAAACAUAGGUGCAAGUGUUCUUGCUAGGGCAAAACCAGAAAUACUCAGAAUCGUUGAACAAUUAAUUGAUAAAAUGCAGAGUGAAAUGAACGAUCUUUUAGUCGAGGUCAUGGAUAUUAUUUUACAUUGUCUGGACCCAGGUCAUCUUAAAACUAAAUCAUUGAACGAUGUAUUUCCAGCAGUAUGCAGAUUCAAUCAAGUAAGUCAUUGUCCAGCAACGCGCAGGAUAGCAGUAGGUAGUCGUAGCGGUCAACUCGCUCUUUAUGAAUUGCGAGGAAACGUUAAAUGCCAGACAGUACCUGCGCAUACAGCACCUGUGACCGCGUUAGCAUUUUCACCCGAGGGCAAGUUCCUGGUUAGUUAUUCUUGUGCGGAAAACAAAUUGUGUUUCUGGCAGCAAACAAAUAGCGGUAUGUUCGGCCUAGGUAAUUCGCAAACGCGUUGCGUUAAGUCGUACAGUACCGCGCCGAUUAACGACGUGGCACGAUUAAACCCAAUGCGAUUAGCUCGAUUGAUAUGGAUAAACAAUCGAACGGUUACGUUAAUGCUUGCCGAUGGAUCUGAAACACGAUUCAACGUCUAAACCGCAGAUGACCUCUCCUAUUCCAGUACUGGGCAAACAAUGAUAAAACUGAACAGUACAGCAAGUGGGAUCAGUAUAAGCAAAAAACGUGGAAUCAUCGUAGGCAAAAAAAAUAACCGAAAGUGCCGUCGUGAAUGUUGGUGCGUUUAUUGGUACUUCAUAGUGCUAGUGCUAAAUAAUCGGAUACCGUAUCGUACGGAAUAUGUUUGAGUGAUGAAUUUCAUCGUUCUACGACGCAGGAUAUGGCAUAGCGAUUAUCGUCGAGUAUGGUACGAAAAUUUGUUCCUUUUCAAUCUAUCUCAUCUUUUUUCUUUCCAUUUAUGUAAUUGAAAUUUUUUCGUUUCUUGGUUCCGCACGGACACGCUCGAUUAUUUGCGUUGCUAUAGCACUCAGAGAUAGUUGAAUGUCGUAACGCAUUAAGAAAAAAGUAUUCUUUUUACUCAGUAAUUUAAUUGCACUAUCAUUUGAUUAUUAACUACGUAGCUAUCUAAUCUGAUUUCAUUCAAAUUUUGCGAGUCUAGGUCGCAGUUAAAUAUAUAAAAUGGAAUUUUGUAAUGAAAAUGUUUCUACAGAAAAGGAUUUGUAUGCCGUACUGUACAUUUAUGCAAUGUUACGCAACCGCGUGUGCUAUUUAAGCCACGUUUUCAUUAUUCCUAAAACCCCAAUAUAAUAGUUGAAAGGUUACCUUACGGAAUCUCGCGUUGAAAGUACAUACAUGUGUAUAUAUACAUACCAAAAAAAGAAGAAAAAAAAUAUGAAUUGUCGCCCAAGGAUUUGUACAUACAUAAUACAGUGGCGAACCCAUAGGUCAGUGUAACAAUUUAUACGAAUCGUCUUAUGUUUAAUCGGUUUAUGUAUAGUUAAACGCUUCAAAUGAAUUCCUGUUUUACGAAUUUUACACGUGUUUAUCUGCCACGUGAUUUUUACCAUUUAGCAAGUUAAAUAUUCCCGUGUCUUGUAAGACACUCUCUAUAAAAGGAACUGUGUAUCGAGAUCCGUUCAUAAUCACCACUCGAUCGCACAUGUUUAGUAUUUAUGACCGGGGAUUGAAAAAGUUCUGAAAAUAACUGUUAUAUAGUUUAUAUAAUACCAUAACUAUAUUGGGAAAACGGUUCUGAUGUAAUAUCAGUUUCGGUUGAAGUAUUUUAUAGAUAUUUGUACUCUCAUCAUUUAUAAAAAAAAUUUGUUGAAAAACCAGGCGUGUAAGAUUUUGCAAUGAAUUUUUUUAAUAUAAAUGGACACAUAUAAAGAUUAUGUAUACUAAAUUUUAACAAGAUUGAGUAAUUAAUAGCAAAAAUAUAUUAAUUUUAAUUUAAAUAGAACAAAAGCUAAGUUCUUGGGUGACUCUUUUAACACCUUGUGCCGUUGCGCGGAUUUUAUAUCCUUCGAUGAUUUUGCAUUUGGAUGAUUAUAAAAAAAAAAACGUAUAUUACAAUAGUUUUAUUACUUAAUAUUUCGUCAGUCUACCUUGAUGCUUUAAUCGAUUUUGCAUAUUUUUCAUUCUGAGGUGUAGAUAAAUAAUUGAGAAUAUGAUAAAUGAUUGUAAACAGUAUUUUUUGGAUUAUUAUCUUAUUGAAAAUAAUAAUUAUCUUGCAGGCUUAGUUUCAUUACUAUUACAUCAGAACCGCUAUUUCAGUAACAGUUAUAAGAUUAUUUCGGUUCUUCUUAACUGUUUACGAAACAGAAAUCGAAAUUGCAACAAUUUUCAAUCCCUGUUUAUGGCUAAAAACGAAAUGACAGUGAAGAUGAAUGGUUAAAUUCUUUAGUGAAAGAAUCGAAAGUGUGUAACUUUUGUGACAGUUGUCCGAGAUUUCAAUACGCUCUGUAGUUACCUAAUGGUUUUUAUAAAUAUGCCACGCGAAAACAAUUAUGUAAUAAUAUUUAUUUCAUUGUUUAGACUCCGAAAAGUGAGGGAUUGAAUUUAAUCUGUAGUCGUCCAAACGUAAAAUGUAAUUCCUUUGUUAUUUUCGAUUUCGAAGAAUUAAGAUGUCUCCAUUUGUAAAGCAAACGGAUAACGCGAUAAAGAUUUGUAGAUGAUAUCAAGUUCAUUUAGCUUAAUUUAUUAUCGUUAUUCCCUCUUGGAAAUUUAGUGCAAUGUUUUAUAUAAGCAUGGUAAACAUAUACGCGUAUGUGUGUACUGUUUUGGUUAGAGAAAUGACGACUUCGUUGUCCAGAUUCUUACAGACGCGUUAACGGAAGUAUGCAAUUGUGUGUUUAAACAUUGCAGUUUAGUUACGUCUAUCAUGGAUCGCACAAAAUCACGAGUGUAUCUUCCAACACAUGACAAAUUUUUGGAUGUAAUUAAAUACCAUGUGUUUAGAGUCAAAAACAAAAGAUCUUACAAGGGGAUUGUGCAACAUGCAGGUCAACGAAUUGGCUCAAAUUUGAUCGAAUACAGUGAAAACAUAAACAGUGCUAUGGACUUAAAUUUAGUCAUGCGACUUUUCUUAAGCAUACAUUUUUUUUUUGACAAUUAAAAUAUCAGUGAUUAACAAUAGUUUAAAUAAUUUAUACAGAAAUGUACACUCUGUGCAAUAGUUAAGCCAAAUCAGUAGCACGAAUGUUAUGCAGUUCUCAUAUCAGGGACGACGAGUUGCGUUAAUCGAGCAGAAUAUAACAAACGUUAAUGCCAAAAUAAUUUUUAUUAUCGAUACUUCGACAUGUUCAUCGAAUUCAUUCGCUGUUAUUCCUUCUGCCUCUUGCAGUAAUUGCUCGAAACGUGAUAACUGUAGCAGAGAAAUUUUUCUAAAAAGGAAUGGUGCAAAUUUACCACAUGAUACUUCAAAAGGAUAGAAAUUUUAUAAGUAAAAGAACUUCCAUACAAAAGUUUGUCCUUUUUUGCGUAGAAUACGAAUCUGUAAAUAAAAAUAUAGAUUUUCAAGUUACCCUUGAAAACGUUCGACAAAUAAAUAAUAAAUAAACCAGAUACACACCUAUACACGAAAGUAUUCGAAUGCUUAUAUUUAUAAUAUUCAUUUAUUGUAAACAUGUACCAAAAGUAGCUUACAAAAGUAUAUGAACAUGAUAUACUGUUGAAUUAUUUUCUAAUUUCGUUUAUGUGAUCUUAGAGCCCAUUCCUUGUAUUAUAUUAUAUCAAAUAUCAGUUUCACGUACGUAUUCCGUUAGUUGAAUGUUAUAAUAUUUUCGUGUACGGGUGUAGGUAGGCGAAUGGAUUGGAAAAUGCGAAAUCAAAUCUUAUUGAUAACAAAAUUUAAGUGAUAUUAUUGUUUCGAUUAUCGUGAGAAGGAAGAAAUAUUAGUACCGCAAGAAUAUGUCACGCAGGCGUGUCUACGGCCGGUAUCGAAACGAAAUACUAGUAAACGCAGAAAAGAAGUAUAAGACGACGGAUCUGCUCCCCGACAUAGCAUCUCAUCGUGGCGAAUCGAACGAUUACUAUGCGUUACUUGUAUCUUGUAUAUAAAACCAAACUAUGCCUAAUUGUAUCUAUGUAAUUAUUUAUGUGUACAUUAUGUACUUUAUCGUGCCCUGCUUAUGGUUAAAUCAAUCCUGUCCGAAACAUACUCUUAAGAGCAAUCGUAUCUCUCUCCGAUCAGUUACCAAUAUGAACAUCACAUAAGUCAAUAUUCUGUGUUAUGUAUACGUGCCUAAUUAAGCACAGUAACGAUACGACGCGUAAACAAAGAUAACAUCUCGUAAAGGACUCCACCCAUGGACAGGAUUGAACUACACGAAACUCGAUCGAGAAAAUGGUCAAUGAUGGAUACUCGAUAUUUCAGUCUUCGAAGUGAAUCAAUUUUUGGAAAACUUCGAAUAAUUCUAUCUUCUUAAAUCAAGUAACAUUUUCAAAGUUCAACGAAUAUGAUAAAUGUACUUUUGGAAUAAAAAUUGUUAUAAAAAAUUUAUUUCUUUUUGAAAAUGAUAAUAAGCUAAAUUUCCUAUAUUUCUCUCGUACGAAGGCAACCAAGAAAGCCUACUCGUAAGUGCUUGAUUUCUUAAGAACUACAUAGCGUUCUAAUUGUUUCGACUAAUUGAUCUCUCGAUGUUUUCCAUUGUUCACUCGAAACAUUUCGAGUAAUUCUAGAUUCCAUCACUAACAGUAAUGUUUAAUGCAAAGGAAAGUAUACCGCACGUGUUGUUAAUCGUUAUGCAAUAAUCGAAUGUAUUUAAAUGUAAUCAAUGUCAAACGCGUUGCGUUGAAAAUCCGAUAAUAUAUACACAAUGAA